GAACUACAUCAAGUCAUCAAUCCAAACUCCAACACUCACAAUCUCUCUCUCUCUCUCUCUCUCUUCUUCCAACUUCUCUCAUUUCUCACACACUCACUCCAAUAAAUAAUUCUCCCCUCCAACCCAAACGAAAUACUAAUACUACAUAAAAACAUCACUUGGAAAUACUGUUAUUAUUAUAUUAUUAUUAUUAUUACAUUUGCAUAUAUGCUCGCCGGCGAUGCCGACGCCGGUAAGCACCGCGAGGCAAUGCCUGACAGAGGAGGCGGCGCGUGCCCUCGACGACGCCGUGAGCGUGGCCCGGCGGCGCAGCCACGCCCAGACCACCUCCCUCCACGCCGUCUCCGCCCUCCUCUCCCUCCCCUCCGCCUCCCUCCGCGCCGCCUGCUCCCGGUGCCGCAGCUGCUCAUACUCCCCGCGCCUCCAGUUCCGCGCCCUCGAACUCUCCGUCGGCGUCUCCCUGGACCGCCUCCCCACCACGAAAUCCUCCGCCGCGGGCGACGGCAUCGAGGAGGGUCCUCCGGUCUCAAACUCCCUGAUGGCCGCCAUAAAACGGUCCCAGGCGAACCAGCGGCGGCACCCCGACAGCUUCCACCUGAUGCAGAUGAUUCAGCAGAACCAGAAUCAUCAAAGCACUUCUUCCCUCCUCAAAGUGGAACUCAAACACUUCAUUCUCUCCAUCCUCGACGACCCCAUCGUAAGCCGCGUCUUCGCCGAAGCCGGUUUCCGAAGCUACGACAUCAAGCUCGCCCUCCUCCAACCUCCCCCACCUUCCAGAAUCUUCCCUCGCCUCGCCCCGCCCCUCUUCCUCUGCAACCUCGAACCGCUUCAAGCCGCCGCCUCCAGCCCCACCCUCGACCCCAAUUCCCGCAGAAUCCUCGAGGUCAUCACCAGAAAGACCAAAAGGAACCCCCUUUUGAUGGGGGUCUUCGCCAAACCCGCUCUCAACACUUUCCUAGAAUGCGUCAAAACCGGUAAAGCUGGCCUUUUUUCCGAUGAACUCGCCGGGCUCACCGCCGUCUCCGUCGAGAGGGAGGUUUCUGAGCUCGUGAGGCACGGUGCCGGCAAGGGGAACGUUUUCGAGGAAUUGGGUCGGUUGGUGGAGCAGUGUUCCGGUGCUGGUGUUGUUGUGUGUUUCGGUGAGGUCGAGGUUUUUGUUGGGGAUGUGGGGAAUGAGGAGGGUGUUGGGUUCGUUGUUUCGCAGUUGACGAGGUUGUUGGGGGUUCAUGGUGGGAAGGUUUGGUUGGUGGGUGUGGCGGGAACCUCUGAGGCUUAUUCUAAGUUCCUCAGGUUGUUCCCUACUGUUGACAAGGAUUGGGAUCUGCAUCUCCUGACCAUGACCUCUGCCAUCCCUUCCAUCGAAGGACUCUACCCUAAGUCCAGCUUGAUGGGGUCCUUUGUGCCAUUUGGAGGGUUCUUUUCUACGCCAUCUGAGUUCAAAAAUCCCUCGAGUUGUAUGAAUGCUUCAUCAUCUUUAACUCGGUGUGACACAUGCAAUGAAAAGUAUGAAGAAGAAGUUGCUGAUAUUUUGAAGGUAGGCCAUGCUACUUCGGCAUCAACGAGCUUGCCUUGGUUACAAAAGGUUAAUGUGGACACAGAUAGAGGAUUGGAGGUGGCAAAGACUAAUGAAGAAAAUACAAGUUUGAACACAAAGAUCUUCGGAUUGCAAAGAAAAUGGAGUGAUAUCUGUCAUCGUCUUCACCAAAACCGAUCAUUACCCGAAUUUGAUAUCACCAAAACAAGAUUCCAAAUUCCUUCCCAUGAAGGGUUUCAAUUUGGUCCAGGAAGCAGCAGCAAAGGUCCACCUCACAGUGAACCCCAAUAUUCUAAUCAAAUUUCCUACAUGUCUAAAGAGUCACAAAGUGCAUUUCCAUUUAGACAGAUAUUACCAGUUUCAGCACCUUUUGACAGCGUUAAUAUCACUGAUGAAGCAGACCACAUACCAAAUGUUUCAAAGAGUGACAUGCAGAAUACUUGGAUUUCUCCUUCUCAUAAGGCCAAUAUGGGCCCUCUUGAUCACAAAUCAUCUUCAUCCCUCACUCCUGUGACCACAGAUUUGGGAUUGGGAACAAUAUAUACAUCAGCUGCUCAUGAGCCAGAAACUCCAAAACUAAGUGAUCAUAAGAAGCAUCUUCAGCACUUGUCAGACUCCCUUUCAACUGAUUUUGAUGCUUUGAAUGAGAAUACUUCACACCAAAUUGCUAGAUCUUCUUCCUGCUCUGGUCCAAAUCUGGAAGGGAAAUUUGAAGCAGUAGAUUUCAAGUCACUUUACCAUCUUCUCUCUGAAAAGGUUGGCUGGCAGGAUGAGGCCAUAUAUGCUAUCAAUCGAACCGUGUCGCGUUGUAGAUCCGGUGCUGGCAAGCGUAACGGCUCACAUGUUAGAGCUGACAUAUGGCUUGCAUUCCUUGGACCAGAUAGACUUGGAAAAAGGAAACUUGCUUCAGCACUUGCUGAGGCUUUGUUUGGAAACAAACAAAGCCUAAUCACAGUGGAUUUGAGAUUACAAGAUAGGUGUUAUCCAGCAGACUCGAUUUUUGAGUUCCAAAAUUCACAUUGUCAUGAUGUUCUUAUGAGGAAGACAGUUGUGGACUAUGUUGCUGGUGAGUUGAGUAAAAAGCCACAUUCAGUUGUCUUUCUUGAAAAUGUAGAUCAAGCUGAUUUCCUUGUGCAGAAUAGUUUGUUCCAAGCAAUAAGAACAGGUAAGUUUCAGUACUCGCAUGGAAGGGAAAUCAGCAUCAACAAUGCAAUCUUUAUUGUAACAUCUGGUGUGUUUAAAGGUAGUGCCACUUUCGAUUUGGAGGAGGAGCCUAAAAUGUUUCCUGAGGAAAGAAUCCUAGAAGCCAAAAGAUGUCAAAUGCAAUUAUCACUUGGACAUGCUUCUGAGGAUGCCAAAAGGAGUGGUUGCACAAAUGUGAAAGUUGCACAUAGAAAAGGGACAACGAAAACAUUUCUAAAUAAAAGAAAGCUAAUAGAAAGUGGUGGUUCCAAAGAGAAAGCAUCAUGCAAGACACUGAAACAGGUCAAGGAGGCAUCAAGGUCCUAUCUGGAUCUGAAUAUGCCUUUGGAGGAAGUUGAAGAGGGAAACAAUUACAAUGAUUAUGAAAGUGAAUCAACAGUUGAAGACUCUGGGGCCUGGCUACAUGAUUUGUGUGAUCAAAUUGAUGAAAAAGUUGUCUUUAAGCCAUUCAAUUUUGAUUCUCUUGCUGAGAAAGUAAUAAAAAGCAUUGACAUACAAUUUCAAAAGAUGUUUGGACCAGAGUUUGUGCUGGAAAUUGAGUAUGAGGUCAUGGCACAGAUACUUGCAGCUGCUUGGUUAUCAGACAAGAAAAAGGCAGUGGAGGAUUGGGUUGAACUUGUUCUUGGCAGAAGCUUUGCUGAAGCUCAACAGAAGUACAACUUUGCACAUGAAUAUGUGAUGAAACUGGGUAGCUGUGAAAGAUUUUUUGUGGAAGAACAAUCUCCUGGAGUAUACCUUCCAGCUAGAAUUAACUUGAACUGAAUUUUUGCUCACUAUGUAUUUUGUAAUUACUUGUAAAAUGUAGCUUGUAGGAUAUAGCAUUUGGUAGUCACUAGCAUUUUUCGGCUAAUCAAUACCACAAUUUUUUCUUUUGUGGUGAUCAUUGUGAUGCAAUUCCUAUGGUAAAAGAAUGUGUAUCUUUACCAGUUUUUCUUUUAGUUCUAAUGUCUUUUUGCAUUGA